GUUAUUGAGUGCCAUUGUGACGAGUGUGUUGCGUCGAAAUGUAUUGGCUUAUAGUAUUUCCAUGUCUGAUACACUCCGUUAUUUCUGGCGAUCCUGAAUCACGAACUGUACACUUGAACCAAGGUAUCGUACGUGGCUACAAGGAUUUGCGUGAGGACAUAUUUGCUUUUUAUGGUAUCCCUUAUGCCACGGCACCGAAGGGUCCCGACAGAUACAAGGCUCCUCUUUCUCCUCCGAUUUGGUCUGAACCGUUCGAUGCGGUAGAAGAAAAUAUCAUUUGUCCACAAGCUAGUACUUGGAAACUGUUAGCGAAAGAAGUUGAUAUGCGAGAGAAUUGCCUAAUUGCGAAUAUUUUUGUACCGAACACCAAUGAAAUAAAUCUCCCAGUCGUCGUUUACGUCCACGGCGGCGCUUAUAUUAUGGGGUGGGGAAACGCGUUCACAUAUAAAAAAUUAGUCAAUAGUAAAAAAGUAAUUGUAGUUACAUUUAACUAUCGACUAGGCGCGCAUGGAUUCCUCUGUCUAGGCACAAAAGAUGUACCCGGUAAUGCUGGUAUGAAGGACCAAGUGGCAUUAUUACGAUGGGUUAAGGCAAAUAUUGCUCAAUUUGGUGGUGAUCCAGAUGAAGUCACAAUAGCGGGAUAUAGUGCCGGCUCAUCGUCAGUAGAUCUUUUAAUGAUCUCAAAAAUGGCGCAAGGCUUAUUUAAAAGAGUUAUCCCUGAGAGUGGUGCCAAUACUGCGUCGUUUAGCGUACAACGUAAUCCAAUUGAAAAUGCUAAAGAAUUCGCGAAAAUGUUAAAUUUUAAUGAUGUAGAUGAUUUCUAUGCUUUGGAAAAUUUUUACAAAACUGUGUCUUAUGAUGAGUUAGCGGCACCAGAUCUCAUGAGCAGGACGGAUUCUACUUUUGUCUUUUCUCCGUGUGUGGAACGUGAUGUGGGAGAAGAAAUCUUCCUAGAUGAUGACCCAGUUGACAUAUUAAAAUCUGGUAACUAUAAAAAAGUUCCCAUGCUAUAUGGGUUCGCACAAAUGGAAGGCUUAUUUCGGUUGCCCCUUUUCGAGUUAUGGAAGGAUCAGAUGAAAGAAAAAUUUUCAGUUUUUCUGCCGGCAGAUUUGCAUUUUAGAGACGAUAGUGAAAAAGAUGAAGUGGCAAAGGAAAUUCGAAAUUUUUACUUUGGUAAUAAUUUGGAGAAAGACAAAACCGUUUUAGCCUAUAUCGACUAUUUUACUGAUACUAUAUUCGCAUAUCCUACACUCAGAUCAGUAAAGUUACACGUUCAAAAUGGACAUAAUGACAUAUAUUUGUAUGAAUAUUCGUUUGUAAGUGAUGACAAUCCAGUCAUACCAUAUACUAAUAAUAUUCGUGGUGCAGAUCAUUGUGCUCAAACAUUUGCCAUUCUUGAUGGGCAUUGGGCAGGUAAUGGGACUGUAAGUGAAGAGUCGUUAACAGCACAUUAUAAACAGAUGAAAGCUUCGUUAAGAGAAAUAUGGUUAAAUUUUAUUACUACAGGAAAACCCUUGAAUGCCGAUUCUAAGCUUACGUGGCCACCAGUAGAAUCAGAUUGGACACCACAUAUGUCUAUCAACAAAAUUUUAGAACUGAGAGGUUCUUUGUUGAAGGAAAGGACUCAGUUCUGGGAAGGGAUUUACAAUAAAUACUAUCGUCCUCCAAUAGCACCAUCUCCUCCUCCACAGCAAAAAACUGAACUUUAAAGAAACGGUUUCAGUCACAAUUUUCGUUUUAAAAUUAAAACUUAUUGUAUUUA